AUCUCACACCCGAGAGACUCCCAGGGCUGGGCAAAUCAUCAAGACCACCGUCUUGUGCCGGUGGCGGCAAGUGCUCGACGGGGCUACUUUCGUCAACACGGCUUCAUUCUCUCUCUCUCUCUCUCCCUACUUUGCUCGGGAUAUGAACCGUUACGAGCAGCGACUAGUCGCAGCGGCGAAGCUGGUCCUCGCCGGCGACGCUGGAGGUGGCGACGCUCCAGUGAAUUGUGCCGACCUAGGAGUUAUGGCGACGCUGAAACCUCACCAAGUCGAAGGGGUCUCAUGGCUUAUCCGGAGAUAUGUUCUCGGCGUCAACGUCAUUCUCGGUGAUGAGGUACAGUUUCUCUUGGGAUAUUAACCUAAUAUGCCAAUUGAAUUGUCACAUUUGGGACCCCAGUUGAGCUUUCAUGUUUAAGAAGUUCUUCAUGUCCAUACUUUUAUGGGAAAUUUUCAAAAUUUUAUAUGAGAGAUUUGCCUUUGGUUGUGUAGAAUUGCAUUUGUUUUGGAUUCCAUGCCUUUGGUCAGCAGAAUUGCAUUUAGUUCUGCAGAAUUUCAUGAUGUUGUUUAUACAGUUGAAUUCUUUUUGCCGAGUUUUACUUUUAUUCACUUUAACUUGAUCUGUAUAUGAACCAAGUAAACUUAUGAUUGGGAAUAGUGGUUGGAAAGGGUCCUGCUAUGCAGGCAGGGUGCUGGGAGGGGUGGCACUGUGGGAGAGGAGGUUUGGAAUGCAUAUGGUUUUAACAGUAGCAGUUUUGCAUUAACUGGCUGCUUGUAGGACUUGAACUAGUGCAUUUUUGGUAACCCAGUACCAGAGAGCUUGAGAACAUACAGUUUGGGCUCACUAUUCAGAUCCCAAACUGGACUCAAAGCAGCCACAUGCAACUUUUUUACAUUGAAAAUUAAUUGGAUUUUUUGCUUUUAGAGCAAUCAUAAAGUUUUCUGUUAAAAAGAUAGAACAAAUUGUAGACCUGUUUCAUGUAUAAUUUCUUUUGAGGAGCUUUUUCUUAAGCCAUCAUUCUGAAUUAUCAUAUAUGAGCAUGGCAAAAGAAAUGAUCAAAAGAUUUAGAAUCUAUUACACUUGCUAUUUUUCCUUGUUUUCCUUUUCCUUGUCCUUUUUUUUUUUUUGUUUUGUAAUAAACUAUUAAUUUAAAUUUUUCAGCAUAUGAGCAGGAUUACUGAAAGAAAAAGGUCAGAAUAGUAACUAGAAUGGAUUACAUUGGCUAAUUGUUCAAAUGGGCAAAUGGGGCCUAUUGGCCUAGUGUGGGUGCACUCAUAUUGGAUUCUAUUAUACUCGUUUUACGCCUUUUCCUUUCCUUUUCUUUUUAUUUUUGUUUAGUAACUAUUAAUUUAAAAAGUUUUGAACAUAUGAGCAGGAUUACUGAAUGACAAAUUCCAACAAGCAAAGAGAGUUGAUUAAGUUGUUUAGUUGUUUUGACUGGGCCAAUGUGAGUGCAUAAGAGGUGAAAACCAGCUAUGCUGUAGGUUCUUAAAGGCCGAGAUGCCUGAUAGAUAUAGGUUCUGCAUCACUGACUGGACUCCAGUACGUGAGCUGCAGUAUCAUUGUGUUAAUUGGUGAAGGCGAAGAGGAACUUUCUGCAGAGAAAUUUCAAACAAUAGGAAAUUAUAAGCAAUUGAUGAUGAAUCAUUAGUAUCUUGUCAGUGACAGGUCGCACAUGCUAAAGAUAUUGUGUUGAAGAUUGUUCCUUCUGCAGCCAUGAUUUGAAAGGGUUUGUGAAGUGUUUUCUCACUGAAACUGCUAAAACCAGUCCUCUAACUGAGUUUUCCUUGCAGAAACUACUAGGAGGGCCAAUUAUUUUAAAUAUGUUCAAUUCCUGGAUUUAUGAAGGAUUAGAUGUCUCCUGGAUUUCUGAAGUUUCGUUGUCUCUUACUGUUUGUGUACAGCAAAUCUGCUAGAGUUUACAUCCUAUUUUUUAGAACCCUUAAUGAAACUGCCAUUAGUGCUCUUCUUUACAGAGCCAUCCUGGUUCAAUUAUGAUAACCUUUUAAGCCUAAAGCUUUGAUUUUGUUCAUGGUGUUAGUCGUUGGUGCUUUAUGUUUUUGCUUCCAUUGUUGGGCAAUGGGCACUCCUAUCUGAAAUUUCAAAGUGCUAAAAUAAUAAAAUGAAAGGAAAAGAAAUAUAUAAAGAAAAAGAAAUAUGUGUAAAAUGUGAACUAGCAUAUUUUUGUUAGAAUCUGUGACUUUCUUUUACAAAAUAAUUUAAAAUAACAUUCCUCUGAUUAAAAAACUUUAAUUUUUCACCUCUAGAUCUUAAGUCCUUGAACAAUCUAGUUCAUGAGAAUUGAAAGCACUUCUGUGAAAUGUGGGAAAGUUUGGAGGAAAGUGAAUAAGGUCUAUGCAGCAAGGGAAAUUUCAGGCUUUUUAUAUCUGGCACAAUGCACAUGACUCUUGUGCAUUGAAAGUAGUGCAUAGUUGCUUAUUCAUGAUUAAUUAAAUAAUUUUUGCAGUGUCACUAAUGAUUGAUGGUUGAAGCUUGCUGAAGAUAGAUACUGUUAAAAGCUUGAUUUACAUUGUUAGCCCAAAACCUAACAUUUUAAGUUUUUAGGUAAAGUGGUAAUCUAACCUGGUAUUACAGCUUACGAGGAGGUCCUAGGUUCUGGUCUCGUAGCCUACAUUUAUUGUUCGGCAUUUAAAAAAUUAUUGCAUUCCUUGUUAUGGGUGUUAUUUAUCGUGUGUUUAUCUCUCCAUGUGCUAUCGUGGCUACAUGUGCAAGGGGAGAGCGGUGGUUUUAAAAGCUUGAUAUACAUUGUUGGCACACAGCCUAACAACUUAAGCUUUUCGAUGAAGUGGUAAUGUAAUAGAUAUGUAACCCUUUGCUUCUAGGCAUGUGCAGCAUACUUUGCCUUUGGUCUAACUUGAUUCUUGAGCUUGCAUUACCAUGCAUAAUGAAAGCAAGACAAUGAUAACCAUUACUAGUGUGGAAGAGCUUGCAUUACUAAGCAUAAUAAAAGUAAGACAAUGGUAGCUGUUACUCAUGUAGAAGAGCAUUUUUAGUUGCAUGCAUGAUUAUUGAUUGUGCUUGGAGUUAAGUGAGUUACUUGCAGAUGGGCUUGGGGAAGACUUUGCAAGCUAUCUCUUUCUUGAGUUAUUUGAAGGUUCAACAGAUAUCACUUGGGCCGUUUUUGGUGUUGUGUCCUUUAAGUGUGACUGAUGGUUGGGUAUCAGAAAUAGCCAACUUUACGCCUAAGUUAAGAGUGCUUAGCUAUGUUGGUGACAAAGAACACCGCUGCAGUUUACGCAAGACUGUAUAUGAGCAUGUAAAAAAGGAGCAGUCAUCAUCAGCUGAUGUAUUGUUGCUACCUUUUGAUGUGCUGUUGACAACAUAUGACGUAGCAUUGAUGGAUCAAGAUUUUCUCUGUCAAAUUCCAUGGCACUAUGCAAUAAUUGAUGAAGCUCAAAGGCUAAAAAAUCCUUCAAGUGUUCUGUAUAAUGUCCUCAGAGAGCGCUUUGUCAUGCCAAGGCGGUUACUCAUGACUGGCACACCUAUUCAGAACAACAUCACCGAACUUUGGGCAUUAAUGCAUUUUUGCAUGCCCUCUGUCUUUGGGACGUUAGACCAGUUUCUUUCAACAUUUAAGGAAGCUGCAGAUCCUUUAUCAGGUCAUGAUGCAGCCAAAGUCAAGGAACAAUUCAAAACUUUAAAAUAUCUACUGGGAGCGUUUAUGCUUCGACGGACAAAAUCUGAGCUUAUCGAGUGUGGAACUCUCAUGCUCCCACCUUUGACAGAGAUUACUGUGAUGGUACCGCUUGUAGCCCUGCAAAAGAAGGUCUAUGUGUCGAUACUAAGGAAAGAGCUUCCUCGGCUUCUAGCAUUCUCUUCUGGAACUUCUAGUAACCAGUCCUUGCAAAAUAUUGUAAUACAACUGAGGAAAGCAUGUAGCCAUCCUUAUCUCUUCCCUGGCAUUGAGCCUGAGCCAUAUGAGGAGGGUGAACACCUGGUUCAGGCUAGUGGUAAACUUAUAAUUUUGGACCAAUUACUUCAGAAGCUGUAUAGUUCUGGACAUCGUGUUCUUCUGUUUGCUCAGAUGACUCGUACACUUGACAUUUUACAGGAUUUUAUGGAGUUGCGAAAAUAUUCUUAUGAGCGUCUUGAUGGAUCAAUCCGGGCAGAGGAGCGUUUUGCAGCUAUAAGAAGCUUCAGCCGGCAAUUAGAUAAAGAGGGUUCCAAUUCCCUGGCUGACUGCAGUGGUGCAUUUGUCUUUAUGAUAUCUACCAGAGCAGGGGGAGUUGGCUUGAAUCUUGUGGCUGCUGAUACUGUUAUAUUCUAUGAGCAAGAUUGGAAUCCACAGGUGGACAAGCAAGCUCAGCAACGGUCACACCGGAUUGGCCAGAUGAAUCACGUCUUGUCUAUAAACUUAGUUACAGAACAGACUGUAGAAGAGGUGAUCAUGAGGAGAGCAGAGAAAAAGUUGCAGCUUAGCCAUAAUGUUGUUGGGGGAUAUGGUACGGACCAGAAUUUGAAAGAAAUGGCAGGAGCUGAAGGUGGUGAUUUGCGAUCCAUCAUAUUUGGGUUACACAUAUUCAAUCCUGCAGAGAUCAAUAAUGAAAAUCCCAGUGAAUUGAAUUUUUCAGAAUUGAAUGCUAUGGCUGAAAAGGUAAUUGCAAUGCGUCAUAAGCAACUGUCAGACAAGGAGGUUAGGAAAUUUGAGAUUAAUCCAACGGAUUUAUUAAGUGCAAGUGAUCUUAUGAGAAAGAGUACUGCAUCUAUCAAUUUUGAACCUGGUCUUGAUGAAGCUUCAUAUAGCUUAUGGGUUCAAAAGUUUGUGGCAUCAAAAAUAAGUGACGAUUCAGGUCUUGGAUUGGAAACUAGGAGAACUCAACCUCGGGAAAAGCACCUUAAACUUGAGGCUACGAGGAAGAAAGCAGAGGAGAAGAAGUUGUCUAAGUGGGAAGCUCUUGGAUACCACUCCUUAUCUGUGAAAGAUCCUACCUGCAAUGUGGAUCGUGAUAUCAUGUCAGAUUCAGGUUCAGUUCACUUUGUUUAUGGCGAUUGUACACAUCCAUCAAAAAUUUGUCCAUCUGAGCCCACAAUCAUAUUUAGUUGUGUAGAUGAUUCCGGAAACUGGGGCCAUGGAGGAAUGUUUGAUGCACUGGCCAAGCUUUGCACAAGUAUCCCCAGUGCUUAUGAACAAGCUUCUGAAUUUGGGGAUCUUCAUCUUGGAGAUCUGCAUUUUAUAAAGAUCAGCGAAGAUUGCAAGGAACAGAAUAUGGAUGGUAAUGGUCCUCAAUGGGUGGCCUUGGCUGUUGUACAAUCAUAUAAUCCCAGACGCAAAGUACCCCGCAGUAAUAUUUCUCUUAUCAACUUAGAAUGCUGCUUAUCAAAGGCAUCCUUCUCGGCUGCUCAAAAUUAUGCUUCAAUCCAUAUGCCUCGUAUCGGAUAUCAAGAGGGAUCUGAUCGCUCAGAAUGGUACACCAUUGAACGGCUUCUGCGUAAAUAUGCCUCUUUGUACGGAAUAAAGAUUUUCGUCUAUUAUUUCCGACGUUCAUCUUGAGGGUUCGUGGUGUAAAGAUUGUUCUACAGGAUCCGUGUUAUUUGUAGUUUUGGCUGAUGUAUCUCUGCCUUCCAUGGGGCAAUGAAAUUGGAGUAAUUCAACUUUUGCUUUACUUUUUCAUGCAACUAAAGUAUUUCAAUGCUUCCUUACUUCAUGUGAUUUUAAGAAUGUAUUCAUCUGUGAUUACUAGGGUCACAAGCACCAUGUUCAUGAGUAACUUUUAUUUCUUGCA